UGUGUGUGUGUUUACAGGUGUGUAGUUAAUGGUGUGUGUGUGUUUCCAGGUGUGUGUGUGUGUGUCACAAAGCAGUGAGUGUGACCAUGGUUCUGAAGGAAGUUCCUGCAGACAACCUGACCCGUCCUCUGGGCAGGAACGAGGUCAUCGGUCUGCUCUUCCGUCUGACCAUAUUUGGAGCUGUCACCUACUUAACCAUCAAGUGGAUGGUGGACGCCAUCGACCCCACCAGGAACCAGAAGGUGGAGGCUCAGAAGCAGGCGGAGAAGUUGAUGCGUCAGAUCGGGGUAAAGAACGUCAAACUGUCCGAGUACGAGAUGAGCAUCGCAGCUCACCUGGUGGACCCGCUCAGCAUGCAG